AUGGAAUCAUUGCAGGCGACCUGCAACCAGUUCUGGCAAGGUUUGGACCCUACAAAGCCUGAGCGACUUUCCAAAGUUCUCGUUGCCCUACACUGCUUCCACAUCGCACCGCCGACAGACAUCUUCCACUGCGAGUUUACAGUCCAUCCCGCGGAUCAUCAUCGCAUUUACGACGGCUUUCCCGAGCUCCAGUUGCUGGAGGAACUCAUCGACAAAAAUAUACAUUUCCAACCCCCGCCGUCACCAUUUGUAUUUCAUUUCCUGACUGCGUCGCAGCACUUUGACGCAUCAACAGGUGCCCUCGCCACGAUAUACCAUACCUCUUCCCACAAGAAUGUCUGUUUCGCCUUAUCGAACGAGAUGCACGUUGGUCUGAGAUCACUCCUCAGCCACCCAGGCUCGGUCGGCGCCCUCGCCCGGCAGCGUCCCUACAACGGCGUGGCUCGGCGAGAAGGCGAAGUACACACGCAUGGCCGACAACUCGGCCGUCUGGGUUUGGACAACGUUGAUGGAACGGUGCAGCCUGUCGUCCAGAAGGAACCACUGUCGAUGCCCGGCGGGCAGAUCAAGCUUUGGUUGUCAGACCUUGUUCCCAUGGCCGACCUCGCAAACCUCCCCAGCGAACCCGAACGCACCGCCAACAUUUCAAUCCCGUACUCGGUCAUUCUGGAGACCCUCAAGGACACUUCGGACGCGGUAUUCGGGGUGACCGACAGCAAUCCGGUGCCCUCCAAGAGCAUUGACCAGAGGCUGCCAGCCAUCAACACCGAUGCGAGCGGCAGGCGGCACUUCUCGUCUGCUGCUCGUGAUCCUGUGGCUUAUCGCAAGCCGGCGGCCGGCGCCGCGUUCAAUCCGGCGAUGGCGGCCUCCGUCGGCCGCUUCUCGGCGCGGUUCCUUCGGGCCUUCCGAAAGUAA